ACAUACACCAACUCCUGUUCAUAACCUGAACAUGAAGAAAACCAUUCACAUUUCCUGUGGAAAGGACCACACUGCUGUUUUAACAAAGGAUGGAGCAGUGUUUACAUUUGGCUCUGGUCAGUAUGGACAGCUUGGCCACAACUCAUUCAGCAACGAGCCACGACCUCGGCUUGUUGCAGAGCUCUGGGGGUCAAAGGUCACCAAGUUUGCAUGUGGACGAAAUCACACGCUGGUGAUGACAGACUCAAAGAGGCUCUACUCCUUUGGAUGUGGAGAGCAGGGCCAGCUGGGACAUGGAGAGGAGACUCAUCCCUCUGUGCCGCUACCUGUUCACCUGCCACAAGGUCACAUUCAACAUAUAUCAACUGAUUCAAAAUACAAUAUCAGCUGGGACGGUGCAGAGGUUGACCUUGAUCCCCAGAAUCCUGAGAAGCCAGUGAGGGAUCAGAAUAAGUACGACUCAGAGUCUGUCUGUGACCUGUAG